AUGUUGAAUGUCCUGGAGCCACGUUAUUCCAUUCCUAGUCGCAAACGGAUGAGCGAAGAGAUUAUCCCAAAACUGUACAAUGAAGUGAAGCAAAAGAUUACUCUGUCCCUAACGACAGCGGACAGAGUAGCUCUCACAUGCGAUGGUUGGACGUCAAGACAUCAAGACACAUAUGUCACAAUUACCUGCCACUAUUUAGAUGACUGGGUUCUCAUUUCAAACGUGUUGCAGACCAGAGCUAUGCAGGAUAGUCACACAGGAGCAAAUAUAUGUGCAUUGCUUUCAGAUGCGUUGGAAGAGUGGGGGCUUACUAAGAAAGACCCGAUCAUUGUGACCAACAACAAUGCUACCAAUAUGAUACGUGCCGUGGAGAUGAUGGAGCUGCUCCAUAUUGGCUGCUUUGCUCAUACAAUAAAUCUAGCAUCGCAAGCUGCGCUGAAACUUCCGGCCAUCUCUCGCUUGCUAGGCCGAGUUAGGCGCAUAGUGACAUUCUUUCACAGGAGCGCAAACGCCAACAAAGUUUUCAAAGAAAAACAGAGGCUGCUGAACUUGCCCUGUCGCAAACUGACAAUUGACGUGGUGACCAGGUGGAACAGCGCGCUGGACAUGCUCGACAGAUUUUUGGAGCAGCAACCGGCAAUCUCAGCCGCACUUCUUUCUCCUGAACUCCUUGAUGAGAUGCGCUCGACUGCCGGUGAUUCGACUGUCAUUAAGGAACUCAAAUCUGCCAUACAUGACAACUUGAGGUUUAGAUAUGCAAAUCUUAAAGAGAAGCUGUAUGUUGCAUCUGCCCUGGACCCUCGUUUCAAGACUCUUCCUUUCAUCUCUGAUGAGGAACGUGAGGACACAUUCACAACAUUGAUCAGUGAGAUUGUCACUCUUGAGCAAGUUAAGCAGCAAGGAUCUGAUAGUGCUGGUAAUGGAGGCAGUGCACCUGUCCAGGAGCAAAAAUCCCUUAGUGAAGGUGAUAGUGACCCCUCCCCAGCCCCACCAAAGAGGUCAAAAGAAUCCUGUGCUCUGUUGGAUCUGCUUGGGGCAGCAUAUGUCUGUGCUCCAGUUGCUGACAGAGCACGAGAAGAAGUUGGCAAAUACAGAGAAGUUACACCUAUACCUCUCUCAGAUGAUCCACUUAAGUGGUGGUGUAAGCAUGAAGGAGUGUACCCACUUUUGUCCCUCCAGGCAAAACGCUACCUUUGUGUUCCCGGGACCAGUGUCCCUGCUGAAAGAAUUUUCUCCACAGCUGGAGACAUUAUUACAGCUCAAAGAAGUUGCCUUCUGCCAGAGCACGUUGACCAACUCCUUUUCUUGCAAAAAAAUUACAGUUUCCAAUGA